AUGUCAGGCGGCGACGCCUCAGAACACACGUUGGAGACUGGGCAGGAGCGAUCUCACGCCAACUUGGAAAGCAACGCCCACAGGGGUAGCUUUCCAACACUUUCUCCAAGCGGGCUUAUAAAAGGAAAGUUGCCUAACGACAAAGCGGUUUUAGUCGACAACUUUAGUGGUGCACACACCACUACCAACAUCCUCCCUAAACUAAUCACAGUCCAAGACGGAGAGCAGAGGGCACUUCCACCAAUGAGCGUCAUUGUCCCGUAUCAGGACUAA